CCCCCCGGCAAUCGGCAGCCAGUGAAAAAGGGGUCGCUGUGUUAAACAGCCGCACUUCUUACUGCGCGCCGGUCCGGCACCCCGUCCCUGAGAUACUGAGAUCCUGAGUAGACAUUCCCCCGCCCCCUCCAAGUGCAGCUAGUCAGUUACCGGAGGGCAGGUGCUCUCCACACUCCCCACCACAGGACAAUGCUGAUAAUUCCUUUUCUGUAAAUGAAAGUGAAAGGGAUUUAAAGCCAGUUUCACCAAGAAGCACGAAUAAGAUUCUGGAAUAAUACAAAGGCAUUUGCAUUGCAAGAGACCUCAGCAAGAAUUAUCUGCUCUGGAUCAGCGACAAAAUGGAGGAACCUGUUUUGGAAAUUAGCCCCUCUGUGGAGCGUAAAACAAAGGGGACUGAGAGUGUCCUGAUGAAGAGAGCAGACUCCCCUGUACCCAGCUGUGUUUCCAUGAAGAGUGACUGGUCAAUGGACCCCCCACUCACCUUCAGAGAGGGACCUUUUCAUACAGAUCAAAGAGACCCAAUGGAUGAAUGCACAUCAGAUCUACAGGAUAAACCGGGUUUAUCUUCCAUAUUGAAGUCACUAGAGGAAAAUGCUGUGAGGUUCCUGAAGGACGAGCUGAAGAAGAUCACGAGGUACCUAGAUCAGAAUUACCCAGAAUGCUCUGAGCCUCAGCUGGAGGAGGACAAUGACCUGGACACUGAUGGUCAGAUGCAGAAGACCUGUGGUAGAGAGGGAGCUCUGAAGAUCACACUGUACAUCCUGAGGACCAUGGAGCAAAAUGAUCUCGCAGACAGGCUGGAGAAGAGGCAUCUUCUGUCACAAUGUCAGCGCAGAAUCAAAUGCAACUUGACGAAGCAAUUUGAGUGUGUAUUUGAAGGGAAAGCUAAGGAAGGACAGCCAACACUUCUCAGGGAGAUUUACACAGAACUCUACAUAACUGAAGGUGGGACUGGAGCAGUGAAUGAUGAACAUGAAGUGAGACAGAUUGAAACAGCAUCCAAGAAAAGUCGAACAGAAGAUACUACAGUCAAGUGCAAUGAUAUAUUUAAACCCUUAUAUGGGCGUGUGACACCUAUCAGAACUGUACUCACUAAAGGGGUGGCAGGUAUCGGGAAAACAGUCUCUGUGCAGAAAUUUAUUCUCGACUGGGCAGAAGGAAAAGCAAACCAGGAUGUUCACUUCAUAUUUGCUCUUCCUUUCCGGGACCUGAAUUUGAUUAAGGGUGAAUACAGUCUGAUUGAACUGCUUCACCACUUUGUUCCAGAACUGAAAUCACUUCAAUCCACUGAACUGUUUAGGUACAAAGUCUUGUUCAUCUUAGAUGGUCUGGAUGAGUAUCGCCUUCCUCUGGAUUUUCAGAACAAUGAGAGCUGGUUUGAUGUAACAAAGAAAACAUCACUGGAUGGACUGUUGACUAACCUCAUUAAGGGGAAUCUGCUCCCAUCCGCUCUCCUCUGGAUAACCUCCCGGCCAGCAGCAGCCAAUCAGAUACCUGCUAAGUGUGUCCAACAGGUGACAGAGAUACGAGGGUUUAGUGAUACCCAGAAGGAGGAGUAUUUCAAGAAGAGAUUUAAUGAUCAGAGCCUGGCCAGCAGGAUCAUCACACAUGUGAAAUCAUCAAGGAGCCUCUUCAUCAUGUGCCACAUUCCUGUGUUCUGCUGGAUUUCAGCCACUGUGCUUAAGAUGUUUUUUAGUGAGACUGACAGGGGAGAAAUUCCAAGGACUCUGACUGAAAUGUACACACACUUCCUGAUCUUUCAGACAAAUUUAAAAAAUGACAAGUAUAUGAAAAACCAUGAAACUAAGCUUAUGGAAUGCAGCAAGGAAUUCCUUUUAAAACUUGGUAAACUGGCUUUUGACAACCUUGAGAAAGGCAAUCUCAUAUUUUAUGAGCAAGAUCUGACAGGGAAUGGCAUUGAAGUCACUGAAACUUCAGUCUACUCUGGAGUGUGCACAGAAGUCUUUAAAGAGGAGUAUGGGUUGUACCAGGAGAAGGUGUACUGCUUUGUGCAUCUGAGCAUCCAGGAGUAUCUCGCUGCUUUAUAUGUGUUUCUGUCAAACUCAUCAGCUGACUUGCUGGAGACUGCAGUGAAUCAGGCAUUAGAGAGCAAGAAUGGACACUUGGACCUCUACCUCCGCUUCCUCCUGGGCCUCUCAACAGACUCCAGUAAGACUCUGUUACAAAGGCUACUGGGGCCAACAGAAACCUGCUCACAUACCAUUAAGGAAAUAACCAAAUACAUCAAGAAGAAAUUAAAGAAUAAUUUAUUUCCUGAAAGGACCAUAAACCUCUUCCACUGUCUGACUGAACUGGGUGACAAUUCUCUAGUAGAGGAAGUACAAAGAUACCUGAAUUCAGGAAACAUUUCAUCAGAUGACCUCUCACCUGCACAGUACUCAGCUCUGGCCUUUGUGAUGCUGAUGUCAGAUGAGGAGCUGGAUGUGUUUGACCUGAAGAAAUACAUCAGAUCAGAUGAAGAGCACUGCAGGCUGCUGCCUGUGGUCAAGAACUCCAGGACGGCUCUGCUGAACAGCUGUGAUCUCAUAGAUGAACACUGUGAAGUGCUGUCUUCAGCUCUAAGAUCAAACUCUUCCCCCCUGAGAGAGCUGGACCUGAGUGACAAUAACCUGAAGGAUUCAGGAGUGAAGCUGCUCUCUGCUGCACUGGGGGAUUUACACUGUAAACUGGGGAUACUGAGGCUGUCAGGCUGUAGAGUCACAGAAGAAGGCUGUUCUUCCCUGGCUUCAGCUCUGAUGUUAAACCCCUCACACCUGAGAGAGCUGGAUCUGAGCUACAAUCACCCAGGAGAUUCAGGAGUGAAGCUGCUCUCUUCUCUACUGGAGGAUCUCAGCUGUAAACUGGAGAAGCUGCAGGUGGGCCGGUGUGAACUCACAGAGAAAUGCUGUGAGUCACUGACUUCAGCUCUCAGAUCAAACUCCUCACUCCUGAGAGAGCUGGACCUGAGUGACAAUGACCUGCAGGACUCAGGAGUGAAGCUGCUCUCUGCUGGACUGGGGGACUUACACUGUAAACUGGAGAUACUAAGGCUGUCAGGCUGUAGAGUCACAGAAGAAGGCUGUUCUUCCCUGGCUUCAGCACUGAGGUCAAACCCCUCACACCUGAGAGAGCUGGACCUGAGCUACAAUCACCCAGGAGACUCAGGAGUGAAGCUGCUCUCUGCUGUACUGGAGGAUCCCAGCUGUAAACUGGAGAAGCUGCAGCUGUCAGGCUGUAGAGUCACAGAAGAAGGCUGUUCUUCCCUGGCUUCAGCUCUGAGGUCAAACCCCUCACACCUGAGAGAGCUGGACCUGAGUUACAAUCACCCAGGAGACUCAGGAGUGAAGCUGCUCUCUGCUGUACUGGAGGAUCCCAGCUGUAAACUGGAGAAGCUGAAUGUGGAUCACGGUGGAGAGUGCAGGACCAGACCAGGCCUACAGAAAUACUCCUGCCAGCUGAUACUGGACCUCAGGACAGCACACAGACGCCUGUCUCUGUCAGGGGGGAACAGGAAGGCGACAUGGGGGACAAAGGAGCCAUAUCCUGAUCAUCCAGAGAGAUUUGACCGCUGUUACCAAGUUCUGUGCAGAGAGAGUCUGACUGGUCGGUGCUAUUGGGAGGCUGAGUGGGGUGGAGCUGGAGCCUGGAUAGGAGUGACUUAUAAAGGGAUCAGGAGGAAAGGAGGGAGUACUGACUGUGCACUUGGAGCCAAUGACAAGUCAUGGAUUCUGAUCUGUGAUCCUCACAGUUACUCUGUCCUGCACAAUAAUAAACAGACUGUCAUAACCAUAGAGCCUUCAGGCUCCCACAGAGUAGGAGUGUAUCUGGACUGGGAGGCUGGUGCUCUGUCCUUCUACAGAGUUUCCCCUGAAGGACUGACCCUCCUGCACAGAUUCACCUCCUCAUUCACUGAACCCCUCUGUCCAGGGUUUGGGCUUUAUAUAAACUGCUCAGUAUCACUGUGCAUGCUGGGAUAGCUUACUGUGUGCUGGAGAAAUCAUUUUUACUGUAUCACGCAUGUUGCUGGUUCUUCAUGGUAACUCUGCUUUUUAACUUGUAUAAUCCUUUUUUACUCUGAAAUAUAUGUUAGACAAAUAAUAAUAAUAAUAACGGGGUUCAGCAAGGUGAACAAAGAUGCAAAAUGACAGGUUUUCUGUCUGACUAAAAUGAACCAGUAAAGUGUAACCCUGAUGCGUGGGGGGGCUUUUCCCUUCCCCAGUAUGUGCCCAUUUUAUAUAUUUAUGUCUAUAUAUUGUAAUUCCUACCAGGAUAAAGGCUUUUUAUUGUAUCUGAUUGAUGUCCCGGUUCAGCAGUGCCAAAAGCAUAACUGAGUGACAUAAUUAAACUGCAUUCUCUGGUAAAUUAAAAUAAUAUAUUCACUUUACUACUUACAAUUGAAUAUAAUUAAUGUAAACAUAUAUAAUAAUCAUUUAACAGGACACAUAGCUGUGAAACCAAAAAACGAAUAUGCAGAGAUGUAAACAAACCAAAGCACUUUGGUAGCACACAUUAGAUUCUAUAAGCAAAUUACAAGAAGCAGAAAUAAAAAUUUCCAAACUAAGUCACCUGAAAUGUACUUGAAACGGACAGGCUAAUUAGCCCAUGGCAACUGUCUAUCUU